GUCAGUGUAUUGAUCAGUUCUAACUGUUGUCAGUGUAUUGAUCAGUGUGUUUCUUCCAGUGAGGAGGCGAUGAGGAAGGCAGGAACCGCACACACCAAGUCGAGCAACGACAUGGAGAACCACGUUUAUGUCAAAGCCAAAUCCAGAGAGGAGUAUUUAUCUCUGGUGGCGAGGCUGAUCAUACACUUCAGAGACAUCCACAAGAAGACACUCGGAGGUCCAGAUCCCAUGAAUGCCCUGACUAACCUGACAGGGGUAGGAGGAGGCCCGGGCGCCAUCGGCAUGGGGCCUCGCCCCACCGGGGCUCCAGUGGGUGGCAUGGGGGCCAUGGGGCAGCUGCAGAUAGGCCAGCAUGCCAUGGCAGGGGUGGCUGGAAACCCACAAGCCAUAGGGGGACAAGGACAGAUGCCCAUGCAGCAGAUGGUGCAGCAGCAGCAGGUGCAGCAGCAGCAACAGCAGCAGCAGCAGCAGUCCAUCCAGUUCCAGCAGUUCCAGCAGGUCCAGCAGCAGAACGCCAUGCAGCAGCAACAGCAGCAGCAGCAGAACGCCGCCAUCCAGCAGCAGUUCCAGGCGCAGCAGCAGCUGAGGGUGCAGCAGAUGCAGCAGCAGCAGCACCACCAGAACCAGCAACUUCAGCAGCAGCACCAGAACCAGCAGCAGCAGCAGCAGCAGCAGCAGCAGGCCCAGAGCCAGCAGCAGCAGAACCAGAUGCACCAGACGAGGAUCCAGCAGCAGCAGAUGGUGCAGCUGCAGCUCCAGCAGCAGCAUGCUCAGGCUCAGGCUCAGGCCCAGGCUCAAGCCCAGGCUCAAGCCCAGGCCCAGGCCCAGGCUCAGGCCCAGUCCAUCCAGCACAUGGUUCAGCAGCAGGUCCAGGCCCAGGCCCAGGCUCAGCCUCAGCCGGGUCAGAUGCCUCCACACCCUCAGCAGCAGCAGCAGCAGCAGCAGCAGCAGCAGCAGCAGCAGCAGCAGCCCGGCAUGGUGCCUCAGUCUCUGGCUGCUCAGCACGUUCCCAUCAACUCACUCAGUCAGCAGCAGCAGCAGCAGCACCAGCUGAAGAUCCAGGCCUUCCAGCAGGCCCGUGCAGCCUUGCAGCAGCAGCAGGUCCAGCAGGCGCAGCAAGCCGCGCAGCAAGCCCAGCAAGCCGCCGCUCAGGCGCAGCUCAACGCUGCCGCUGCAGCCGCCGCCGCCGGACCCGGACAGGUGAGACUGCAGCCGCCUCAAGCUCAGUUGGUCCGUCCCGGGAUGCAGAUUCCUCCCCGGCUGCCUCGAGCCCUGAACCCCUCCAUCCCUCCUCCGAAUGCUGCCGCUGCCGCCGCCGCCGCCGCAGCCGCCGCCGCCGCCGCCGCUGCUGCGGUGGGAGGACAGCCGAUGACACAGCAGGUACAGCCGCAUCCAAUGAUGUCAUCGCCCUCACCCGGGCAGGUGCAGACGCCGCAGUCGAUGCCUCCCCCCCCCCAGCCGUCACCUCAGCCCCCCACCUCACAGCCCAACUCAGCCAGCUCCGGUCCCACGCCGUCUCCAGGAGGUUUCCAGCCCAGCCCGUCCCCUCAGCCCUCACAGAGCCCCGCCAACGCCCGGACCCCCCAGAACUACGGAGUCCCCUCUCCUGGACCGCUCAACACUCCAGGUAACCCCAGCUCCGUGAUGAGUCCAGCGGGAGCCACAUCUCUGGAGGACCAGCAGUACAUGGAGAAACUGAAGCAGCUCUCUAAAUACAUCGAACCUCUGAGAAGGAUGAUCAACAAGAUCGACAAGAACGAAGACAGAAAGAAGGACCUGAGUAAGAUGAAGAGUCUGUUGAACAUCCUGACUGAUCCCAACACCAGGUGUCCUCUGAAGACGCUGCAGAAGUGUGAGAUCGCUCUAGAGAAGCUGAAGAACGACAUGGCCGUGCCGACCCCCCCUCCACCCCAGGUGUCCACUAAACAGCAGUACCUGUGUCAGCCGCUGCUGGACGCCGUCAUGGCCAACAUCCGCUCUCCGGUCUUCAACCACUCUCUGUACCGAACCUUCGCCCCCGCCAUGACCGCCAUCCACGGACCCCCCAUCACGGGUCCCAACGUCUCCGGGAGGAAGAGGAAGCACGAGGAGGACGAGCGCCAGACCAUCCCCAACAUCCUGCAGGGAGAGGUGGCCCGCCUCGACGUCAAGUUCCUCGUCAACCUGGACCCCUCGUUCUGCAGCAACAACGGCACCGUGCACCUCGUCUGCAAACUGGAUGAUAAGAACCUCCCCAGUGUUCCUCCUCUGCAGCUCAGUGUUCCUGCUGAUUAUCCCGAUCAGAGUCCAUACUGGGCCGACGACGGGGACCAGUACGGUGAGACCAUCUUCAUCACACGACUCCUCCUCACCGUGGUUAACGGGACUGUUGACAUCACUCUCCUGCUCAGAAACUGCUAUUAAAGAUCUUUGUUUAGCUUUUUAAAUCAUCUAAACAGCAGUCAAAGGUGCAUCUAUAAACGGAAUUUAGAUCGUAUAAAGUUACAGGAUCACUGGGGGGGGGGGACAAUAGAUUCACCUCUGUAUCGCCGUUUUUUAUUUGAAUGAUUUCUAACCAGAUGUUUUAACACCAGAAUGGAUAUCUCUGCUUCAUCUGAGUCUAUGUGGAGCUAGAAGGAAGUUACCGCUUUUAUUGUGGUAGUCUGAGUAACGUGAUGUCAUAUCUUUUAUUGUGGUAGUC